AUGCUGGGCUGGGUUCUUAGGCGAGGGUUGGACGGCGCGUCGGGGGGAAACAGAGCCAACGCAGGUGCAGAUGACACCACUCAAAUCGAUCAACCAGACACGCCGGCUCCCGUCUUUGCUGCCCGAGCAUUGAAAAGUGCAAUUUUUGGCACUCCCGCACGACCUGACGACGAUCGCGACAACAACGGUGCCAGUAUGGCGCGUCACAAGAAUACAUACGACUCCGAAACAGAGUCGCGGACCCCAGUAAAACAACCGCAGGGCAUUUUACUCACCCCUGGAACUGGCACCUCUCGACGAAAACGAGUCUCGUUCGGAAACGAUGUGUUGGACAAAGCCGGCGGCAAGAAGGGCAAAGGAAAAGAUACAGACGACCGACCGGGGAAGUUUCCUUCCAGCUUCGACCUUACGAACGGCGAUUCUGCAAGCAAGCGCACAAAGUUGACCGAAACAAUGGAAAACUCACGUCGAGCGAAGGGGGCUACAAGCACUCGCGAGAGCCAACAAACACAUUCUCAGCCAACCCGAGCGGAUGACGCUGAAGAUGAAUGGGAGGAAGCUGACGACGACCAAUGCACGAGCGAUGUCACGAUUGACCUUAACGAGCCUCAUUCGCGGUCGGGAAAGUAUUGGAAGUCGGAAUUCGAACAGUAUCACCAAGACGCUAAGGCCGAGAUGGAGAAAUUGCUCAAGUACAAGCAGCUGGCCAAGUCGUACGCCAAAAUGAAGGACGCUGAGGCCAUCGAUUUGAACUCGAAACUCAGGGAAGAACAAGACAAGGUUGUCCAGAUGGAGAAGAAGAUUACCGAAAUGGCAGCGCAGAUAGCUUCCAAACGUGUCAGCGGUGAGGAGAGAGACAAUCCUCAGCUGUUGAAGGAUUUGGCGAAGCAGACUGCAGUUGCCGUAGAGUACAGGUCACAGGUCAAAGAGCUCGCCGCCCUGCUGGAGAAUCGCGACGAGGAGGAGGGGGAUGCGCGAAGCCGGCGCCGACGGCAAGCGGCAUCUCCACGCACGCAGAAGACUUUGCUUGAGACGCAGCGUGAGCUGAGGAAAGCCAGAGCUCAAGUAAAGGAGAACAAUCAACUAAAGGAAGAGAUCGAGAGACUGAAGUCAGACCUUCUGUUCGCGGAGCAGCGUGCCAACAAGCUGGCUGAGGAGAACAAGCGGUUGGCUGGAGAGCGGCCCAUUCAAGAGAGUGUCUCGUCCGUAUCCGCUGCCCAGCUCGAAGAACUAGAAGACCUGAGACAAGAAUCCCGCCAAAAAGACGAAGAACUACGCCGUGUCAAAGCGGACUUUGAUGCGUAUAGAGCGGAUUCCGAGGCCAUGCAAGAGGAUACCAGGCGUAUCCUGGAGAAGGCAACCGACAAGAUUAAUGAUCUGAAGAAGGAAAUUAAGACGCUCAAGGCAGGUGCAGCUGAUGGACAUAAAGCAAAGACGUCCGUCAGCUCUUUGCCAGAACGAGAGACAGCUGAAAAGGAGAAGGGACACGAGAGGGGACACCGGACACAGGACAACAAUCGCUUUGGUACAGCUGACAAGGUCCGACAAACUUCAAAUGGCACAGGUCGACGGAGUCUUGACCUUGUGGAAAGCCUUGGUAGGAAGCUCAACGAGUCCAAGUCCCUCAAUCUACGGGACAAAUACCAAGAAGACGCCGAUUCACUCUCAUCAAAUGAAGAGGACCUUGCCAAGGUUCCUACAGGACGUCCCAAAUCUGACAUUAUUUCAAAUCGGAUCAACUUGGACAAGCCUAGAUGGCGACCAUUCAUCCCACGGUCACCUCGCAACAGGGCGUACCUCGGCGCCGACCUCAACGACCGGAUCGUGAGCUCCAGCGAGAUUCCGUCGGGAACAACGCCGGCACCACGACACAGAUUCUCAUCCAAAGAGAACGAUCCUCCCAUCGAUUUGUUGCAGGAUCGAUUCGCCCGGCUCGGCAACCCUGAUGCCGAGGCUAGCACUAUGUUGGCGGCAAACAUGUCGAAGAGCACCUUGCCGCCAGAACGGCGAGCGGCGGCUAUUGCACGCAUAGAACAAAGAAAGGCCGAAAAGAGGCGCACCAUGUCGAAUCAGAAUAAGGAGAACAUGCGACCUUGA